AUGGGAGAUAUAAAUUAUUACGAAUCCAGAUUAAGAAAGGAUAACAAAAUAGAAUAUGUUGAUAAUAUAUUUUUAUCCAAGUAUAUGUUAAAUAAUAUAGAAAAUGCUAUGCAAUAUUUUUAUACUUGUCCUUUUUAUACAUUAAGGAGUAAAAUGAGUUUGAAUGAAAAAAUAAGAACUGGAAGAAUUAUAAAUGAUGAUGAUGAAGGAUAUAUAUUUAAUAUAGUAUAUGAUAAUUUGAAUAUUUUAAAAGAGAAUGAACCAAGUGAUAUUGUAUCUAUGCAUAUAUAUUAUAAUACUAAUAGUAUAUUUCAUAUAUGUUUAAGUCAGAAAUAUAAAAUGAAUAAUAUAAAUUGUACUAAAAUUAUUCAAUAUUUCUGUAUUGUUAAUGGAAAAAUAUAUAGUAUGAGGAAUAUACAGAAGGUCUUAAUGAAGAAUAUAAAAUAA